AUGGCAAAGGUUGCAUACUUGGCAGUGGUAUUGGUGGUGGUGGCGGCUCGUAUGCUGGUGGAGCCGGGUGAGGCUCUAACAUGUGGUGCACCCGAGGAACAGAGAACAGGAGCUGUCUGCAAUGUUUAUACCAGAGGUGAUCAAUCAGAGCCAUCUGGUGAGUGCUGCAAUGCGUAUAGAGCACUACGUGCAACAGCCAAGACACGAGCAGAAAGGAGGCAAUUGUGUUCUUGCGUCCAGGAAGCAACUUCACAAAGCAGAUAUAAUCAUGGGGCUAAUGCUAAACCUGCUGCUCGUAUUCCAAGAUUUGAUUCUCUGUCAGAAAAAUGCGGACUUCCUUUUCUAUUCUCUGCUGAUCCUGAAUUCGAUUUUAAAACGUAA